GGAGGGCGUGGCCAGCGCGAGAGGGUCGCGGGAGUGAGCUCAACUUGCUGUCAUUAUCACCGUGCGGCUCAGCUCAAGUCAUAAAUCGCGAUCUAACCGCAAGACUCAAGAACACAUCGGCAAGCCAUCAAUGGAUUUAGUGAGUAAACGCGAGUAAACGACCGUAGACAACCGGAAUAAAAUUACAUUUUUUGGACAUGCACGGACAUCCCACCAACUGGUGUUUUUGAAGAACGACUUGUAUCAGAAAUAAGUGCAGGACUUGUUUAACCCUGGAACUACUUACCUACUGACUUAAAACAACACUCUUUAAAGGCUGUGUCUGGUAUGGCCCGACCAGAGAUGGAAAGCAGGGUAGACGACCGCAACCCUGGAGCACCACAGAGCUGCAGGAUGGAGGUGCUUCGCCAGGACACGUGGUCGAGUGGCGGCGUCAUUCAGCCUUGCCGCCGGCACCGUACCAUCGCUACUCAGACCAGCUCUGUCUCCGCACCGCUAUCCCAAAUCCCCACACAAGAUGCCUUCAGCUUGGACAGUGUCCGGCAACAGGAGACUCCACUCAGGGACAAUACAGGUACAGAACAAGAAGUCUUCAGCCCGAGUGAAAGCCAUUUACCCAUGCCCGACCUACUAUCAGACAACCAGAGCUCCUCAGAGGACUCUGCUGCUGAGGACAAUCCCCGACUGGAGGAGCGAGCAGUAACAAGGGUGGCCAUACAGCUGAGGACCAUAGGAGACGAGAUGAAUGCGGUUUUGCUUCAAAGGAACGCCGCGCCACGCUGGCAGAACUGGAGGGGGCUGUACCACGGACUCGUCGCCUUUGUUGCCGACACCAUCAAUGCUCUGUACCAGCACGGGCUCAGAUAAACAGACGGGUUCGAGUCUCAGGAAGAGUGCGGGCGCUCUCCUGCCGACUACUUAAAAACUGUUUCUGCUCUGGGAUUUUUUUUCUGCAGGAUCAGAUAUCUUUGUUCAUUUUUGUUUGGGUCUAGUUUGUUUCCUAUCGUUUCCUAAUGUAGCAUACAGUAGCGACUGAAGUGUGUGUCCCGGUAUAGAUGUCAGUAGGUGGUGCCUGUUUUUGACAAAUGUGAAGCACAACUAUUAGGUACUCGGCUUCUGGUGCAACUCCUUUGCAUCUUCGACUCGAAGGUUACAUUAAGUCGGGUUGCUCUCGAGAAAGGAGAUUGAUUAGAUAUGCGUAGGGCCUCGGGCCCAGAAGUGCUUUAUCUGUCAUGGGUUUUGUCUCAGCUGCCUUACAGGAGCAAUAAUUGUGCCGCACUAUCAGUCAGAGCACGUGCCCGCAUAGCAUUAAUGGGAAACGGGUGAUAAUGAUCAAGACUAUUAAGAUAAUGGAAUGCGCACAUGCUAUGUUAAUGGAGCACAGCUGUAUUGUGCCUUGCUAACACCCUUCAAUGAGCCCUUCAAUUAUUAAAGCCAUCGGGGACAAUCAGCGGGUAGUGUGCAGGUGCCCUUUUGCCCCCCCUCCCUACCUAAAUCUACACUUCGGGACACAAAUUUGCCACUUAAUUCUGAGAUUGGUCACCUCCAAUGGAGGCAAUGGAGUGAGGCUGGAAGCCUUGUCGAAAAGCCACUAGUUGUUGAAAUGGCUGGAUAGCAGUGUUAAUAUUUGUAUGGAUCACACGUGUACAUAUUUUGCAAAAAAAAAGGACAAAGGAUAGAAGGAUUUGGGAGUUCUUUUUCUUAUGUGUGUAUAUUUUGAUGAAAUGUCCUUAAAGUACUUAUUUUCAUGUUUGUUUGUUUUUCAUUUCGGAGCGGUAAGAACAGUUCAUCCAUUAUUUUGGACCAACACUGGAAAGCAACUACUUUUCUUGAAUCCAGUGGAUUUCUGACAAAUUUAGAGAUUUAAAUUAUCCAAGUAAACAAAGUCCUGUAGCAUCUUUUCAGAUGUACUUUCUUCGAUUCUCAAUGUUGAGAAGCACAGGAUAAAUGUCCAUUUGUACAUUUGGUUAUUUUGAUGACAAAUAAAAUAUGUUAGGAAUGAUCAGGACUGAAUGAGCAUGGAGAUAUGCAUUAGUGUUGUGUUGUAUGGACCAAAUAUCUGUUAUAACUUAUUUGUCAUCAUUUCCCUCAACAAGACACUCAACUUUACUGCUGUAAUUUAUUUGAUGAGGUUAAUGUAAGGAAAUAAAUAAAUAAUAAUAAUGAUAACCUGAGCCAAACGUCCAUCAUACUUGAACAGAUGUGUUUCAAAGUAAUGUGAUGGCCGGGAGAUACAGUUUUUUCCAGCGGCCUUUAACUGGACAGCCUUUACAGAGACAUAAAACUGUUAUGUGUUUUAAGCACUUCCCUCAAAAACCACUUUUGAAUAAACAGACAUUUGGUUGGAAAUCCCUUCAACCACUCAUUUCACUGGCUUAUUAAUGUGGGUACAAAGAUGUCUAACCUGUGGCUACCUAUCUCAUGACUUCCUGUGUAAAUCAACGUGGUCCACUUUUCUUGUGGUCGCCUUGUUAGUUUUCUGAUUCAGCCCAUCGGUGAAGUAAAGGCUUAAUGUGUACUGUCAGAUUCACACUACUCUCAAGCUCAUGUCAAGACUGGUUUUUUGUACUUUUGCCAUAUGAAUUUUUCUAUGUAAAAUUUCUAUAUGAAUUUUGUAUUGUUUUUCCUUACCAUUUUCAAUAAAUAUAAGAAUUACAGUA